UUCAUUUUGUUGUUUGUUUGUACUUCUAUUGUGAGUUAUCCCAUUCACAAUAGAAUUAAUGUAAAUUAAUUUAACAAGCGUCAGCGCCUGGCAUGGUGCAAUCAAAUAGGCCAGACCUAAGGAUGAUCCGCACCAUAGAAACUGAAAUUGCAAAUAUUUGUACGCUGUUGACAGCUAUAUGUUUUACUGUAGCAACUGAGGUGCAGCGUUAAGGUGUCAGUGUGAAACAGACACGCAUCCCAUCUAUACAACCGUGGACCUCAGUUAAAAGGAUACGGAAUCUGAGUUAACGUCGUACAGCAAGCGGCGUUAUGUGCAGGAUGUCGCAGGUUUGAGGUUUUAGGGGUCUCGAUCCCUUCUUCCAGGGGUGGAGGGGGGUAGGGAACAGGCGUCUGCAAAACGGGCCUCCCGCAGUUGGCAGUUUCACCGCGGCGUCGCCAGAGGGGAUCGGGGGCUGGAGCUCGGAGGCUUUUCCGGCCGCUUCAGUGCGUCGGUAAGGUCGGUACCUCCUACCGGGCGACGACGGGGGCAGACCCGGCUUUGUGUCUCAUCGAUCCGCCCUGAGAUCGUGCAUGGUCGGGGAAAGAAGCGGGCUUUGGGUCCCCGAGCAGAACUGAAAGGACGGAGUUUAUUUUUGAAUGCGGUUUUUACCGCGAAAACUGCUCCAACGCGGCUUGAGUUAAAUCUCCCUUUUAGAAGAAGUACGAUAAAGUUGGCGCGGUGACGACUUUUGGGCUGGUGAUGUGCGGUGGCUCCUGGCCGUGUCGCUAUGGCUCUGGAUGUUGAUGGGAAGCUUCCAGACCUGACCCCCCACAUGGAACUCCAGGCUUAUGGAAGGCAACAGAGGGGGAUAAUGGGAGUUAUACGUGAUGGGGCCACCAGACCAACUUCCCGUCCCUGGGCCCCCAGACAGGGGGCAAUAACGACCCGGUUCCUACCGGCUAAAGAUCGGGACCAAGAGAAGAGCAGUCACAAGAAGACCGUCACCAUGGCACCAAGAUCCAGGUAUCUCACGAGUCAGAGCCAAUACUGCGUCAGGAAGCCGCUGUUUGUCACCGAGUGUCACGUUUCAAUCCUGAAGAAGCCCGGCCUCCCUGAGCAAUCCGAGCAGGUGGAGCAACCCAACAGACCAUGUGAGCUCCCUUCUGAGGAAGUGGAGCUACCAUCCAGCCCUCUAGGAGAGGAGACCUUGGGUAUCAGCAACCUCUUGAGGUCGGAUGCUUCUGCUCCCCCUGCUGGUGGGGAGGACUGUUCCCUUCCACUGACUGUGGCAGAGCUAUGUGACUGGUCUUCCUAUGAGGAGCCCGGCACGGGUUCCGACUUUAGUGCUGGAGGCUCCCACCACCGCAGCCUCUCCAGCCCACCGCUGGACAUCUGCAGCCUAACGGUGCCCCUACACCCUAGAUGGUCUUCUGCUCAGAGGUCCCAUUCUCUGGAUGCCCUUGGUCUGUCAUCACGGCCCUUCUGGAGGGGUGCUGCCUCAGACCCUGGGUCUUUGCUAGUCAGUAGCCAGUGCCGGCCGCCCGCCCUCCGCCAGAUGUCCCCUCAUCAGGCUCGGUACUGGGCGUGUGCCAUCCCCAGCACAAAGCCACCAUGCCCAGACAGGACAUCACCUAGCUGGGACCCCAAUAAAGAGUAUCAGGCUCUCCUGGAUUACACCUACCCCCUACGGCCUAACCUGCCAUCUUCUCAAGACUCCAUAGAGCCUGGGUCACUGUUGUGGGCCGACCCACUGGUAGAGGACUCUGGCAUUGAGAUGGACCGCUUCUGUAGCUCCACCACUCUUUCAUAUGGUGAGCUUCCUCCUGCAGGUGGGAGCAGGGAUGCUUCGAGCAAAGUGCCGAACGACCAGGAGCACCAGGACCAGCCCCUUAGAGACAACUUGCAGCCCAAGUCCCCAGAUUCUAAACUGUCCAGUAGUUGGCAGUCCUUAGUGGACCAAGUUGGGUUCUCAGCAGACAGCCUGCUGGACAGCGAUGGGUCACGGGCCUCCCACUGGAUGCACAAUAGCAAGCCGGGUCUCUAUUCCUCCUCCAGCACAGCUGCCACCUUCAAUCGGAGUGCUUGUAUCUUGCCCCCUGCUGGGGCACCUUGGGACGGGGAGGAGGAGUUUCACCCCUUGCCUGGCCGGCUGAGGGAGUUGGAGGUGCUCUCGCAGCAUCUCCGUGAGCUCUCCCUAAAGGCUAGCUCAGAGUCUCUGCUGGAGGACCAAUCCCACGCAAGAGCAACACCGCCACCUGUGGAGGACAGGAGGCAACUGCCAGUGAGGGAAGAGUGCACCUCUGGACCAAGUGUUAUUGCUGGAGAAGAGUCUGUCUCCAGAGCCUCCUGUAGCCCAGAGGUUUUGGCAGCGAGGGCUGUGGGCCUGGCAACAAGUUUGGAGAACCUUAGCAGGGAGGUGGGCAGGGAGAGCCUGGAAGCUGCAGCUUCUUACAUGGAUCACCCAAGUGAGACUAAGCUCCCAGAGUUCCACAGGAGAACCAAAACAGGCCCGGAGGAGGCUGAGACCAAAGAAUCCCUAGUACAGCACAUCCAGGUGUUCUGCUCCAACCUCGAGGAGCUCAUUUUGUGGCUGUACCGGGUGGUAGACGGGAUACAGAAUCUAACGCCAGCCGCGCCAGACAUCAGGAGCGUCAGGUCCUGCCUUGCCAGUUACAAGAGUUUCCAGAAGGACAUUAGUGCACGGCAGCCCCUCACCACAGCAGUAUUGAAGACCGGAGAUGCCCUACUGAGCUAUUUGAACUCCACCUCUCCUGUUUUAAGAGACACCCUGGCACUGAUCGAGAAGCAGUCGGAAGCACUGGAGACCCACACAGAUCACUUCUUCUCUUCCAUCUUGUUGGCUAUGGACAGUCUGAUCGAUCCACAAGACCCAAAGGCUGGGGCUGCUGUCCAAAGAACCAAGACCUGACCGGCGGAGAGGGAGUGCCCACACCCACAUGUGCUUGGCGGGAACGCGCCUGACGUCUCCAGUGGGCAGGUGGAUUUUCGCCUUGGUGCUCUGAGUAAAGCCGCUUUUAUUCCGGGUGCCACUGGAGGCCCGACACCAAUGACAUCCUCCGUGUCUAUUUUGAUACUGACACCUUGUAACCUGUGCGUUUGCUGCAGAUCUAUAUAUAUAUAUAUUUUUUUUUGGUUUCCUGUAACCCAUCAAAACAUGUGGUUUUCUCACCUGGACUCCAAAACAACCCAACGUCCUUCCUAUACAGGAAGGCACUGCUGAACAUAUGAACAGAGCGACACUGAUCUGUGUUCAUCAAUGCAGCCAGAGUUGAAGCUCACGGCCUCCCAUCUGAGAAAGACGCUGUCAUUACUGUAUUUUAUUCCUAUUCCAGGGUGACCCUCCAAUGUCUUACAUCACGCAGCCUGAAGCAAAAAAAAUAAAACAUUUAGAAACUUUUGGAGCAAAAGCCCUCGUAGAUAUAUCCAUAUAGAAAUCCUCAUUUGAUGGACCAGCACAAAUCUUCUCUUGCGUCACGAAACUAUGUACUUUGUACCGUAUAACCUCAUUGCUGUCACCCUGCUGAAUAAGCAUGAGUACAUGACUAAGGGCACAGUUUGGGCUCAGCUGUCCAAACGGGAUAAGCACAUUUUUAUUAACGUUUUCAAAAGCAAGCAUUUUGAAAACCAGACUGCCGUCGCAUGUCGGAUUCCCACUCAUCACACGAAUCACGUGUCAGAGUUACGUUGGUACAGACACCUCCGUAUAAACAGCAGGGUUACAAGUCCGUGGGCGUCCUGAAGGCACAUCUUUUGCAGGUAAUUUUAGGAAGCAAUAUAACGGCAGAGCUUGCAAAGAGCACAGUGACAUCUUCCAAGCACAUGCUAGAGAAACAGCAGUUUCUCUAAACAGCUCGUUUUCCCCACUUUGGUGCUGCAGCAGUCAGCAAACCCAGGCAUCAGUUAUGAUUGGGCGACACAUUUUACCAGCCUGCAUGAACCAGGAAAUGCAUUAUGCCGAACCCACAUGUAAUGCUUAUCACAGCACUGCGAUUGUGAUUAUGCUACAGAGUGAAUAAACUGUAUGAAAACACA